AUGACGAACUUGGAUGAGCCCAUGGAUCCAAACGGCCCAAACGACGAGGCACGCUUGCUCACACAUUAUUUCAACCUAUCGCCUCCCCCCCAGGCCACUGGCAGUCCUUCACAGACUGGCGCCAGCGCAUUCGAUGGCGACAUGUCGGACUCCUUUGGCGGCGCCGAGAGUUACUACGAUGGGAGCUCCAACAGCUACAGCUACAGCUACACCGACUUCAACGAAGCUUCUCAAUCCCUGCCUCAUGCAAGCGUUGUAGAUCAAUCUUUUGCCUCAGUGCCACUGGAGGCCCAGAAACGUAUCGAAGUAGACACUGCUUUUGCAGACGGAAUGUCCACUGGCUAUCAACUCGGGCUUGACGAAGGCUAUGAACGCGCGAUGCGCCAGCUUGGCGUCAACCCGGACGCCACUCACCAAUUCCCCACUCGUGUCGAGCAACCUGAAGCGCAACUGGAGGCUGUCACCGGCAACGCGAAUGACGACCAGUCUAUGCUCUCCGUAGGUGGUGACCAGUCCGUGCUCUCCAUAGGUGGCGACACCACUUUCAAGACGACCAGUCAAGCACCUCAACUUCAAAUUUCUGUUACGGAAUUGCUGGACCAGGUCGCAGCACCGCGGCAGGCUGGCGCUCAAGCAACCCAACUUGAAGAUAACCCAGUCUUUUCCCAGUCUUCAGAUACUCACUCUGCCAGCGAGGGAGGAGUGCAGCGGCGCAAGCGCCAUCGCGGUCGUCCAGCGAACCACGCCACCAUCAUUGCCGCAGGCAAAGGCACGACUGGCAGUCCUUCCCUCGCUACCAGCUCAAAGUCCAAAUCAACCCGGGUGGGGAUUCCCGAAUCGGCUGAGUUAAAAGUCAAACAGUUCGCCGACGAGUGUUUCGAAACUGCGAUCCAUCUUAUAGCAGUGAAGGACUACUGGGGAACGACUGACUACAAGCGAAUCCUUCAGGUCACCCGCGAAUAUUUGGCUAAUCAAGGCAUCAUUCUCACGGACGACGAUAUAACACCCGCACUUGAGAGUAGCCUUUGCUCCGCGCUCCACACUGGAAGACACAACUCACGCAACUCCGUGCGGAAAAAGGGCCUUGAACGAGUUUGGCCAAUGAGCAAGGUACCCCACCCUCCAACUGGUCAACUCACGUACACCGACGAGGAGGUAAAGACGGCGGAUUGGCUUAUCGAGGACUUGCAUUAUGCCCACGAUACGCCUCUGCCCGACUUCAGCCAACCACAACAAGUUGCAGACACAACUCAGACGGCGACUGACGUUCAAGUUGACAACGACACCGUCCAUGGUACAUUCCUAGAUAGAGCUACCGCGAAACUUCCCGAAACGGGGCGGUUCACGAAUCCCGUUGUUGGGAACAUAAUAUGGGCGAUGGCCAGUCAUCAAUCUGUCUAUUAUCGCAACAUGGAGAUCUUCAAGCGAGUUGAAACCUUUCCCCUCAACAUCGUGAUAUUUGGUUUCCUAACCGCAUACAACUUCUUGGAAGGUGUACAAAAAAAGACUGGGAUCGCUGUCCGCUUUCAACGGCAUGGAAUGUACGAACUCAUUCACGAGUGGUUUGUGGCAGCAAUCAAUGCAAUCAUGAAUGAUGAAGUUCAUGGUCCUCCGUUUAAAGCUUGGCUAAAGGCGAUCAUUGCCGCUCUCGGGCAAGGGAAGCCUCCCUUCUCGCAGAGCUAA